AUGGUAACAUUAAGUAGAAUUAGUAGUGGGAUAGGGAAUCAUUUAUAUACUGAUGAGUGCACAACUGCUAUUGAAAGGAUAUCCUAUGCAAGGGUGUUAGUGGAAACGGACAUCACAAGGCCAUUACCAAACACUGUACAAGUCCUGGAUCCCAAUGGGAAAAUUUUUGACCAAGCUGUGCUGUAUGACUGGAAGCCAAUGUAUUGUGGUGUUUGUUUCCAACUUGGUCAUGACUGUUCCAAAGACAGACCAAAACCACCUGCAAAGCCUGUUCCUAAUGAGCCAAAGGCAACAAAGGAGACUGAUCAAGGAGCUAAAGAGGAUGUAUCUAAAGCUCACGGUCAGAAGCAAAAACUGGAAUGGAGGUCUAGAAAUAUGCAAGCUCACCAAACAGGCCCUCACAAAGUGGUUGUUAAUGUCACACCCCCACCAUCUGGGGUGGACUGGCAAUCAAUGGCACAAAAGACAACUGCUAGAGGUAAUAUGUUUCCCUCUACUGAUACUGCUUAUGGUUCAGUGAAUGAUACAGUAGAAAAGAUUAAUAUGAAUUAUGUAGCUUCCACCUCUCAGAGUGAAAUAACACAACUGAGUAGUGCAGUGAUUGAACUGGAGCCUAAGCCCCCUAAUGUUGUUCAAUGA